AUUCCUGAUAUAUUUAUAGGAAUGGAGUCCUUCCCACCCGGAGAAAAUGUGCCCAUUAAGUCACUUCCAGAGUCAGAACCAAUGAAAACUCAUUACAUAGUCGUUGUUCUCGGAAGUCCGCGUGUUGGGAAGACUGCUAUUGUUCAACAAUUCUUGUACGAAACCUUUCCGACCGAUUACAAGGCCACCGUGGAAGAGUUCCACCGCAGCCAAUUUGACAUGGACCACUUUGUUUUAACGCUAGAUAUUCUUGAUACCAGUGGCAGCUACGAAUUUCCAGCAAUGAAAAGACUAGCUGUGAGUACUGGUGACGCCUUCGUUCUGGUGUAUUCCAUCGAUGACGCCGAAUCUUUUGAAGAGGUACGUCGAGAGCGAGAGCUUGUUCUCGAAACUCGGCCUCGAAACAUUCCUAUCGUUGUGGUUGGUAACAAAUGUGACCUAGAAGACCAUCGGAUGGUCGGGAAGGAGUUAGCCGAGAGUGUAGUGACAAUGGACUGGGAAAAUGGAUUCAUAGAAGCCUCUGCCAAGACAUCCACCAACGUUUUCGAAAUUUUCAACGAGUUAUUGGUGCAAGCACACGCUCCGGGAGAACUUUCGGCCUGUCUAGAGCGGAGACGACAGUCCGUUCCAGCCUUCAGCGUCACACCAAAAGUCAAGGAUGACUUGGCUUUGAAACGUCACAGUUGUGUGAUGUCGUGAAUUAAGCCCAGAACUCGAUGGUUCUCCUUCAGCGUCACACCAAAAGUCAAGGAUGAAACGUCAUGGUUGUGUGCUGUCGUGAAUUAACCCCAGAACUCGAUGGUUCUUCUCAUCCAAAACAGAUAUUGCGAAAACAAAUAUAUGAAUUAUUAUAAAACGUUAUUUGUUAAAUUAAACUAUACUUUGUUGAAAUAAA